AUGUCGCUGCUGAUCGCCUGCCUCCCGCUCGGCCUUGCCACCGCUCCUCGCGCGCCUCCGUCGCCUCUGGCGAUGGCGACGAUGGCGCCGCCGCUCGCACGCGUCGCGAUGUUGUCGGCCAGUGCAGUCAACCUCGAUGCCGCAGCCGUCGACGCCGCCGCCGCCGCCGCGGUGCUGCCACCGACGCCAAAGACGAACGCAGUCAGCCGCAAAGUCUUCGGCAUCACCUUCGCGCUGCUCACCGCCUUCGUCGUGACCGGAAUCUACCCGCUCGUCAUCUCCGCCACCAUCUACUCGAAGCUGUUCGACAACGAGCGGCGGCGGGCAAACGACUACGUGGUGCAGUGGUGGGCGCGCACGACGCUGACCCUCUUCGGGGCCAAGGUGGCGCUCGAGGGGCAGGAGAACCUUCCUCCGCCGGGCGAGGCCGUGAUGUACGUCCCGAACCACUGUUCGUUCCUGGACAUCUUUUCGCUCUCUGGCUUCCUGCCGCGCCGCUUCAAGUACAUCUCCAAGAUUGAGAUCCUGCGCAUCCCGCUCGUCGGCUGGGCGAUGGGCUUUGCCAAGCACAUCGCGCUCGCGCGCACCGAUCGAAAGUCACAGCUCAAAACGCUCAAGGAGGCGGUCGAGACGCUCAAGGCAACGCCACCUCCUCCUCUCUCCGCCUCCGCCUCCUCCCUCUUCCUCUCGCCGCUGAGGAUCGACAGCCCGCCCUGCACGCAGUGGCCAAAGCUGUUGAACUCGGGCAGAAAGGAGCUGUUGGGCUCACACUCGUACGGCACGUCAAACGAGCGAGCGUGCACCUCCUUGCACUUGAGUCCAAAGUCGAAGGCGGCAGGAUAG